AUGUGUGGCGUUGUUGGUUUGACGUUUAAUGAUCGAGACUAUCGCGGUGGGUAUGUUCAAUAUCUUAUCUUAUCUAGAUCUAGCAUAACGUUGAACAAUUUUGACCAAAGCAAAUAAAGCAUUAUUCCGUUCAAUACGUAUUUGAAUCAUUUCAGUCAUAACUUUGAUCAUGUGUAUUUUAUGGCAAAUUGGAAUUAUUUAUGAAAGAUCUCUGUUGCUAGUGCCGGCUCUGAUUUGUUGGAUUAUCCAAUUUUUCUACUGCCUAUGUUGGACAUUUGUCUGGUUUCUAAUCAAAUUGUUCUCUAGUAGCAGCAUUGUUGGAGAGAUUUUAACGAUUGUAUUCACACCUAUUGGGGGCUUUUGUGCAAUAGUAAUCAGUAUUGUUUACUUUUACUUUGCCAUGAUGGUAUUCUUGGAAAUGAUUGGCGUGACUAAGAAGAGUUCAGCAGUUGUGUCUUAUGCACCAGCGUCGAUCGAUGCAGAUAUUUGUUAAGAACCAGAAAAUGUAGUCAAUAGAUCGAAAAAUAAAAUAUGUUCAAAUUUCUGUGGAUAUUACAUUGACACAAUAACUCAAAUUUAAAUCUAGCCAGUU